CAAAUCUCCAGCUCGGAGCGAAAACGUUGUCAAGGAGCGGAGACCACUCGACUCGACGAGAACACAAUUUGCAUCAACAAGGCUAGUUCCAAGUGAGAGUGCGCCUUGGCUUGUCAGAAUUGCUACCGUCGCUAGCUAGUGGUAAUCAAAUGUCGUCAACUUUCUCCAUCAGAUUCCUACACCAACUUUUGACCAACAAUGUGGAUCACGAUAUUAUUAUCCCAGAGGAAGUCAACAUCGCAAGUGAUACCGAUCCGAGAUCCGGCACGGCCCCCAGCGAAAAUGAAGGAAACGAAGCUUGCGACGAAAACUGGCACAUCAUCCGACAACUAUUGAUUCGCAAAGCACAUGGCUUUAGGGCUGGAUUGACUUUCCUUCACCAGAGCUUUCUACCAAUGCUCUUGACUAUUGACAUUACCGCAGCAUUUCUCAAUGUGUUUGUUUCCAACUACUUUGGACACGCGCAUCACGGUCAGAGCCGUCUACGACGGCUCAUCGACGCACUUCACCUCAUCGAAGACUUUGUACGCGGCGUUGUGAACGGAAAGACCAUACAACUCCUGAUGUUCGCGGAUUGUUUCCAUCCUGGCGGGCAGUCGUCGAUGGCAGAUGAAUUGUUCAAUAGUGUCAUCCGCGCCCCGCUGCUGGAGGAAAUCAUUUUUCGUCAGAUCUGGUCGCUCCUGUACCAAAAAGUGGCAAAUACAGCGGAAGGACCCUUUACAAUGUUUGGGCACUCUUUAUUUGCGCUGUCCUCGAGCCUGUUCUUUGGACUGGGGCAUAUCUCCAACCAUACAGAUGAUUUUGAUAAGGCGCUUGUCGAUGCAUAUCCAUCCUGGCAGUCGAGAGUGGUGCGCGCACUUCCUCGAAUUCUUGUGGAUGCAAUGCAGCCUCAAACACUUCGCGAAGCACUUCCCGACGCACCACUUGCUGGCGCAGCACCCGCAGCUUUUAUUUCUAAGACGGUGGUUCUUCCCGCAUUUCUUCAAGUCUUUCAGUCUGCCGUUCAUUCACUUUGGGUGUACUCGCCCCUGUAUGAACAACAUGGUGUUGUGGCAUCAUUUGCAGCACAUGCCGCUUGGAACUUGCUUGCCACGGUUCCCGCGGUCCGAUGGGGCUACUAUAUUGUUGCUACUGCAGACUACUGGAUGCGGAUCUGCCGUGGUAACUUGGUGAGUGACGACGGAGAAGCCGAUGGAGAGGAACUCGAAGCAUUGACUGCGGAUGUUUAGGUAUUCGGGGCCUAAUGAUGGAGUACCGUACCACCAAAGCGGCGGGUGCAUGCAUGAGCAUUUUAGCCAUAUAGUGUGUUUAAAUAGUACGGUAGAGUCGUGCAGUAAUGCCU